ACUCUUCACGGAAGUCGGCGCGGUGAUGGUGGCGGCCUCGUCAGCCUAGCAUCAGGAAGAGGAUGUUUGCUUCCAGUGAAAGGAUAAUUUCACCUGUUUUCCAGCCUUUAUAAAAUAUUAAGACACCGUAAAGUUUUCUUGUUGGACCUGCUGGGAUUUGAACCGCACAUUCCUUCACCUGGAGCCGCCCUCAUUGAGUCUGAAGCGGGGCGCUGGGUUAAAAUGUCCCUGUUCCAGUCGGCACUGGAUUUCCUAGCCGGGCCCGGCUCGGUCGGGGCUGCCAGCCGGGACCAGAAUGACUUCGUCGGACAAGUCGUUGAGCUCGGUGACAUGAAACUGAGGAUAAAGAGGGUUAUCGCAGAAGGUGAGCCGAUUUACCGCUUUGGAAAAUGUUGCUCCAGUCUUGUGCGGGUAGAUAUGAGAGCUAACUGAACUAGCUUAGAGGCUAACACAAGUGACACACUUCAACUGGUAGUCAAUGACAAUACGUCCAAAAGACUGCAGGGCUAUGAGUCACCGAGUUAACACCACUUCAUAACUGUAAUAUUUUAUCUUAUUUUCAAUGAGGUGAGUAUGCAACUGUAACUUUUCACUUCUAUUCUUGUUCAGCUAUAAAUCAUAUCUAGAUAUGUUAUCCAACGCACACUCACGGAGAGCUGCAUUUUACUCUUCCACUAACCCCCAAUCAAUGUUAAACCACAUACCUCAAACCUUCCCAUCUUUCUUGGCAGCAGGACCUGUUUGACUAAAGCUAAAGAUCAUAGAAAACGGGUGGACUGAUUGCAGUGUUACACUUCAGUACACAUUUUGAAUAUUAAUUAUCCAAACGGAUAAACCGAGACACCUGCAGAGCUUUGCAGGACUCUGUUGACUGGGAUGACCACCCCCUCUCUUCUCAAACAUUUACCUCUGUCAGUGAAAUGUACGAUAAAGAAAUGUUGAAAAUUGCACAUGAAAAAAGAUCAUCAAUGGUGUUUUUGAAAGGUCCCUCAAGGCCCCCCACUCAUUCAUUACACAUGUAGAACUAUCCAGCAGUGUAAUGUUUAAGUUUAUUUUGACAACCUCAGAGCAGACACAGACUCUUGCCUCAGGUUGGGAAUCACUGCUUUCAUAUACCAAUCAAUCAAUCAAUCAAUCAAUCAAACUGUAUUUAUAACGCGCUUUUCCUACAGGAUUGUGACUCAAAGUGCUUUACAAUCUUGUUAAAAACAAAAUUAAAAAAUGAUCUCAGAUGCCCCCUUACCUCCCACCCCCAACUACACACACGCCAACGCACCCGCGCAUACACACACUAAGAUAGUGGACAUGAGGCUGAGUGGACAUGAACCAGUUGAGAGGGCGCCAUCAGAGGAGCCGUCAGCACCAGGAGCAGAGAGCCGCCCACAGCCACAGGACACAGACACGGGGCCAGAGGAGAGAUGUGUCAAACAGCAACCUCCGCCAUGAACCCCGUGACCGGCCCCUGCAACCACAAGCGACCACUGUUCCCGGUGCUGAGGGCUCCCUCAGAGGAUCCACUGUGGGUCCUACAAAUGAUAACAGGAUAAAAACAAGUAAAAACUAAAAUAUAAAUAAAACACAGACCUAAACUAAACCAAGGCUAACUAGAAUAAAAGAACAUAAAAUAAAUAAAAAUCAAAUAAAAGCUAAGCUAAAAAGGUGGGUCUUGAGUCUGCUCUUAUAAACAUGGACGUUCUCUGCGGCCCGAGGUUCUCUGGCAGGAGCGCAGUGUCUGUGAAGGUUCAUAAGGUAAAAGCAGUUCUGAAAGAUAAGAAGGCCCAAGACCAUUAAGACAUUUAAAAACAAGUAAAAGAACCUUAAAAUCGAUCCUAAAACACACAGGGAGCCAAUGCAGUGAUUCUUAAACCAGUGUAAUGUGGACCAGCCUCCUCGUCGUAGUCAGGACACGUGUUGCUGAAUUUUGUUAUAAUUGUAGACCCGAAAUAUUCUUCUUGAGAAGACCAGAAAGCAGGGCAUUACAAUAGUCUAUACAACUGGUGAUAAAAGCAUGCAUUAGCGUCUCCGUGUUGACCCAAGAGAGGAUUGGGUGGACUCUGGCGAGCCUACCAGCCUAGGACCCUCAUUGAUUGCACUCAUCAACAUAACCUUUUGCCACCGGUCCUUUUUUUUAGUAUCACAGAUUGACAGACAGACUGUAUACCCACCUCUGUCAGCAGACGACUGCAAGACUACAACUACAGCAUUUCCUUGUCUCCCCCAUGUGUACUUCAGCGAAUUACAGUGCCAUUCGUCAAUCAUGUGUCUUAAGAUUGCAGACAUCUAAAAGGUGCUUAAAUUCAUUGUGCCAUGUGUUAUAUCUGACCCUGUUACUGUGUACAUUUGCCCGUGUCCUCAUGUACUUUUCUGAAAGAUUCUGUCUGCUAGCUAUAAUAAUAUUUGUUCAGAAUGAUGCGCCUGAACUUAACCUGAAAUAGUACUCUUUCUUUGUUUGUAUGCAAUGACUCUGGUGAAAGAACACACACAGGCCCACAGCUCAGGUUUCUUUGCUCUGGCAUUGCACAUGGGUUGUUAGCCUCGUUGCAAAUGGCAAGCUAAUCUUACUUUACUAUCUUAUCUCUAACAGCAGCUGGUGGAUCAAAGGACACGGUUUAACGUUGAUCCAGUCUGUGGGAUAUUGAUAAAAAAAAUACAAAUCAAAUCAAAGUACAACUAAUACAGUCAUUUUUUUUCUACUGUGCCUCUUCAUUACAAAUCCUAUCCUAAGACACUGUGCAGACAGAGCAGCUCCAGACUGUGCUCUUUGAUACAUUAUGAGUAACAGAUUGAUAUUCAGGUAGUCAGCUGGGCUCUUUUCUACUCAGCAGUAUUUCUUUCUCAGUUAUGUGUCCUUCAGUUCACCUUACUUUGAAACUGCUGACUACUUCUAACUUUCUGCACCAGUGGUCCACUUCUCACAGCACCGACUGAUUCUGUCCCAACUACAUUCCAGAGUGCCUAUCGAGUAUGAAAUAUUGCAUGAAUAAAGUUAUUUAUUGUGCAUGUGUUUUAAUAUUUUAACCAGAUCCACAGUUAAACAUAAGUAAGAUGAUUUUACAUUCUCAGUCAUGAUAGAUAAAAGAUUCUGAGACACACAAGAAUCAAAACAGACGUCACAUGAAGCCAAAGAUCAUUUUACACCAAACCUCUGACCCUAAUUUAACUCCCAUCCUGCUGUUUGAGAGGUGCCUUUGUUUCAUUUUGUUGCUAGGAUCUUUGAUGGGGGGGAAACAAAGGAUUCCUCUAUCCCUAUUGUUCUUUUUUUAUAGAUCCAUGAAUAGUUAGUCCACUGUGCCUGCCACUUUGGGUAGGCAAAGCUCAUUUAAGGUUUGUUCUGGUUCUAAAAUAGUGACAACAUGCUGUCAUGGGUGUAAAUUCAACACUCGCUCUCCCCUAUUUUGAUUGUUGUACAUGUUUAGAUUGUCUUUAUGGUUGAAUCGGCCCCAGUUUCACACCCGUGUUCACCACUUAGAUCAUUCAGGUAUGUCCGGCGGGGAUUAGUCUGUUCACAUUACUAAACAGGUUCUUCUUUUCCUGCCAUCGGAUUUUAUUCUGUCCUCUGAGCAGGUGAAACUGUAGAAAAGAGUGUCGUCUUUAUUAUUCAGAGUUUGAGUUGAUAAGCUGUGCCUCUUACCUUGCAGUCUUUUGAUACAAGCACAAAGACUGUGACCCAGCAAGAAUUGAUAAGCUUGUGUUUGGUGAGGAAAGAUUUCUUUCAUGAAGUACCUGUAGGGUGCAUGAUAUGUGCUAAUUUACCAUACAAAGGAAUGAGUUAUGAACCAUGAACCCCUGAACUGUGCAGUCUCAAAAAUACUGCCAAAAUCAUCUUCAAACAAAGGACAUCAAAGCUUGUGUGUGUCUGACAGCGAGUUAUGUUUUUCUUUGUAUGUUUGUCUGAAAGAAAAGUACACAUUAAGUGCAAUAAAACCUGUGUUGUUUGUGGCUUUAAGUGUGACCACCAGGUUACUAGUUCCCAAGACAGGCUUAAAAAAUCAGAAGCAGCAAAAGAAAAUCCAAUGCACACAUCUGGACAUACUUGGCUAUGUCAAUAAAGCUUUAAAGAUUAGGAUGUGGAGCGUGCUCAAUCAGAUUUUCACUGAGUAAAGCAGGGCUGGUAGUUGAUUUACUCAUCACUAUGGUAACUUCUCCUUCGUCUUGUUUGGACUGUGGGUUGCUAAAUCCGUUUUUUCUUGAGCACACAGACAUGCCUGUUGGAAAAGUGAAAACACUAAGGGGUUCUUGUCCAGUACCUGAAGCAGGUUCUUGAUCAGGACUUGGAUAAAUGAGCUUUCACAUGAAAUAUAUUGGUGAUGCAUUUCCAAAAAGUGUGUCUCCUGUUAGUAUUUAAUAAUUUGUCAAUCUUUACUUUGCAGCAGUGUGAUGACUCACUGACUCGUAGCUAACUUUGCUGUGGUGAUUGGAGGCACAUGCGUGGCUCUCUUCUUCAAAAUUCCAGUCAUGAAGUCUUUCCUCCUGAACAGUUUUCUUUGGAAAAUCCAGAUAACUUCAUACCUUCACACCUAAUUACCACAGCACAGCGCACAGUUCUGGUUUCAGCCAUAUUGUCAGCAUAGUAAAGGGCUUGAUGUUUGCCCAUGGGUAAGAGAGGGCAACAGUGGCAGGUUACUUUUGUGUUGAGAAAGCACUUAAGCUCCAAUUACUCAGCUGUGGUGCAUCAGAUAAGACUGCUGUUACACUUGACAGCUUCCAGCCUUAAAUGUUUAUGGGUAUGUGAAGCAGGGUUCUACUGCAGGUAGUGUUACAGCAAAAAUGAUGCAGUAUCAUGUGGAAUGGGUUAGCAUAAGCGAUGUGUAUGUGUCAAACAGAUAUUGUUUAUCCCCUAUGGCUGACUGUCACUUACCACACAGCUCACUACUAACCCACAUGUGUAUUAGUUUAAUUCAGGGUCACUCCACAGUCCUGACUGAGGUUUGCAUUGUAUCACCUUCUUCAUAAUAUGUGACUGAAAAAAGUAAAAGUUUGAGCUCUUCUACUUUGACGUAAAAUCUCUAGAGUUGAUGCUUCAAAAGCAGUUCAGCAAACUUCCCUCCCGGACAAUGGCCUGUCUCCACCAACAACAUAUUUUUCGCUAGCAGCACCCAUGACUUCAAAGUCAGAGCGAUCAUCACUGGACGAACUUUUUGAAGGUAACAAAAGUUGUCUGACGGCACGUCUGCUUCCCUUGGUAGUAUUCAUUUAGUCUCAGAAUUGUACCCUCUAAAUAUAAGUAUUGUAUUCUUUGCACUAUUAGGCUUACCUGAUUAUAAGGCACACACCAUCAAUGAACGCAUCUAUUCGCGUCUAUUUUCAUACAUAAGGUGCACCAGAUUAUAAAGCGCAUUAAGCCAAACAAAACAGUCAGUUAAGUCAAACUCUAUUCGACUACAGUAGCUGCAGUGUUCCGACAAACCAAAACGAUUUUAAGUGCGCCUUAUAGUGCAAAAAAUACAGUACAGUUAGUUUCUGCUCCAUACAAACCAGUUGACAGAGUUGUCAUCUGACUGUCUGCUCCUUUCCUGAUCCCUUUUGGUCAGAUGGAGAAAUUAUGGAUGAAUUGCAUUAAAAAGACGGCAGAGCUUCAAAAGUUAAACAGUUUUAGGUGAAAGCACAGUUGGCUGCUGAAGCUGGAAGCAUUUUGACUUAGAAAUCUGAAAAUGCUUAGAUGCGUUGGUUUUAAGUAGAAACAGGCGCUUCUAGUGCAAUGAAAUGCAGCGGGUGGACACAGGCUCUGUUUACCCAAGCAGAGCUAGCCUCAGCAGCAUCUAUGUCAUCUAUCUUAUCUAUCACCUAUUUCUGCUUAUUUCACUUUAUUAUUAUUGAGUUUUAUUGUUGAGUAUUAUUAUUGAGUACAGGCUUUUGUGCUGUUGUUCUUGAAUAGCUUCUUGUUUUUAGGACACAGCUAAAAAUGAAACACCUGGCAGCUGAUCCCUGAACAUCAUGUUGUGUACUCUGGGCGUUCUCAUCACCAAUUUUAUUAAGAACUGACGUCUUCACUUUAAUGUUUGAUUAUAACAGAACAACCUGUACAAAUCAGAUCGUUUUCUUCAUCAAACAGUUUCUACAUUACACAGGACCUCUGAUGUUGAUAUAUAUUAUUAAAGAGGCUCAGGAGUGCUUGUACUCUUCGUGCUGAUGUAAUUACCUGUUAACAAUAUAAAUGACAUCCUGGCUGCUCUCCUCUUUUCUUCUCAGGAGGAUUUGCCUUUGUGUAUGAAGCCCAGGACAUGAGUGGGGGUAAAGACUAUGCCCUCAAGGUAAGCUACCUGCUGAGAAAAUCUUGCUUGUCUUGGCUUGUAACAUGUUCAGCCACUUUUCACAAACUGUACAUCACCAUAAUGCACAUUCAUUCAUGCGUUAGAAAGCGCGACAACUUAGAUGUGAAGUGCUGAAUCAGGAACACUACCUCUGUGUGUGUAGAGUCUGCUCUCUGCAGACAUACAAAUGCUGUGAAUACUACCACUGGUAAUAUGAGUAAAUAACAGCCAGUGCAUAGUGAUCAGCAUACUUUGCAUUCCUAGAUAUGGUUGGACUUCGAUAUCAGAAUGUAAUGAAUGUAAACAUUCAUAGUUUAACAUAAGGAGAACUUUUAUCCUAAGAUAUACCAACCACAUAAUAUGAAAGUGGCUGAAGUGAAAACCUUCCUGCGGCUCGUUGCUGCUCAUCAUAACACUUGACACCCUGAAUCAGUCCUACAAAAGCUGUUUCACAAUAAGACAAGUUUGGCACUGGCUCUGUUAAAUAGGGUUAUUCGCUCUAUGGUUUUUAUUAUUAAUGUUAUUGUGUUGUAUGUGGCGUGUUUGGUGGUUCAUUGAAAUGCCUGCACUCUUAGAUAAUAAAAGCACAGGGUAGAGAAUAUGAAACCCAUGAGCUGCACAAAAGCUGUAUUGACUAAAUGUAAAUGGGAAAAAACAUAAUUAGAUAUGUGCUGCAGACCAUUUUUGAUGGAAUAUAUGAGUUACUUUGUCAGAGGAAUGCAUGUCUAAACAGCAAAAGAAGAACUCUGCUUCAUGUGUAUGUGUGUGUGUGUGUGUGUGUGUGUGCUUUGUUUCAGAGGCUGCUUUCCAACGAGGAAGAGAAGAACAAGGAAAUCAUACAGGAAGUCUGCUUCAUGGUAUCCUUUGUGAGAGACAUUUUUUCCCUCUUCAGGGCCAAUGUAGAGAUUUUACUGUUUAAAGACGGGACAAAAGCAAAAGCAAGUUAAACUCAUCCAAGUCUUUUCAGUUUGGGAACACCACACAGUACCAGAAUGUGUAAUGUAGAAACUUAAAGUGUUUCUGCAGUGGUUGAUGAAACAACAGCAUUUUGUUUUUACAAACACAAGCUGCUGAAUUAUGAUGCUUGAAAAUAUCCGUACAAUUAAUUAUUGUUUCCUAAAGAGAACACCUGGAUUUAAAGAUGGAAAUUUACUUGCCAAAGAUGAAUUCCUUCAGUCAUGAAGUCAAAUAUUAAGGAUUCCGCUCCAGUUACAGUAACAGUGCUUGUGGUUAAUGCAAAUACAGAUUGGACUUUUUCUAGCUUCGUAGAUUAAAAUAUAUGACUGUAGACUCCACAUGCAGUUCUACCCUCAGUGCUGGGAUACAUACUUCUCUAGGUUCAGCUCAAGUGUGUAUUUUAUUAUUUGAAAUGCAGGACUGCUGGGUGAAAAAUGAAUUAUUCCAAAGUCUUUUCUUUCGUGUGUGAGAUUUAUAAGAGAUAAAAUAAAUCUGUUUUUUUCAGUGUCUCUGAGGGGGCUUUUGGUGCUACGCAGUCGGGUUAUCAUCAAAGAGAUAACUCCGACAGUGAAGGGAACAAACAAACCUUUUAACCUGCUGAAAAUACUGGAAUAGCUUAUGUUGGGCAGUAUUAAAUCCAGGCAUUCUCUUCAGGAAACAAUAAUUAAGUUGUUUAAGCUGUGUGGCGAGCUAUAAAGGCAUGGGCUCUUUGGAAGUGAAGCAUUGUGUCUCUCAGUUUCAGUAAACUAACGCCUAAUAUGUUGAUGCGGCAGAUUAGUUAAUGUCUAUGUAUUCACUUGGCAUGUUCCUAACCCUCUGUAAUACUGUUUUUCUGCUUGAGAUGAUGAAACAGUUCAGCAAUAGAGUUUAAGAGUAGACGGCAGACUCGUUCAAAUGAGAUUGUAGAUGUUCCUUGACCCUCUUGCUCUACAGAAAAAGCUGUCCGGUCAUCCCAACAUGGUUCAGUUCUGCUCGGCCGCCUCCAUCAGUAAGGAAGAGUCUGACACCGGACAGGCUGAGUUCCUGAUCCUCACUGAGCUGUGUAAAGGUAAAAACACAGAGUGAGGCACACAGUGACACACUGAAUUCACUUCCUCUUUGUCUUAACUGCUGAAUCAGUACUGACUCAUUUAUCGGGCUAAAUUUCAGUAACUCUAAGUCAACAGAACCAUUUCUUUGUAACUUGAACCCAAAGGUACUCGUGUUGAAACUGUUUCCCGUCUGUGGGCUUUUUUACUUCCUGUUUUUCCCUUUACAUCCUAAAUGAGUUUAAUAAACAUUUAUUUGUCCACCUUAUUGGAAAAGACAUCUUGAUUUACCCAGGCAAAUAAUUUAUGUACUCUUUUAACCUUCAUUCUGUGCAGUUUUUCAUUAUUUAGUUAAGGAUUGUUAUCUGAAAAAAAUGAGACAUUGAACUCAACUUAAAAUCGACACAGACAGACAGAGAGACAGACAGGUUGGCAGGUGUUACUUUCACUAACUGAUUUUUGUUUCCGUCUCUUCCCCUCUCUUCAGGUCAGCUGGUGGACUUUAUAAAGCGAGUCGAGCAGAGGGCUCCCCUGUCAUGUGACACCGUGCUGAAAAUCCUCUACCAGACGUGCCGCGCCGUGCAGCACAUGCACAAACAGAAGCCUCCGAUCAUACACAGAGACCUCAAGGUUCGUCAUAUCAGUUGAAGGAAGACGUAAUGUAGAGCUGAUUUACGACAAAGCAGCCUGACAUAUGCAGAACUCCACGGAGAAUAAAUUGAACGGACAAAUAUUUAAGAGCUAUAUGUUUUAUUGAUAUAAAUUUAGAGCUUAGAAAAGCUCAAAAACACUCAAACUGAGGGUUUACUGUGGUCACUGGUUUGUGUUGAUAGAAAUGGGAACCCACUGCUUUCUUGUUGUGCUGCAGAUUGAAAACCUCUUGAUUAGUAACCAGGGCACCAUCAAGCUGUGUGACUUUGGCAGCGCCACAACAGUGUCCCAUUACCCCGACUACAGCUGGUCAGCACAGAAGAGGUCCAUGGUGGAGGAUGAGGUGCAAACACACACACACACACACACACACACACAAAAAUCCUUAACCAACCUCCAGCAACAGUUCCUUUUUAUUUCACCUUUAUCACGUCCCAGGUCAGCCUUAUAAGACAAUAAUUCACAAUUGUACAAAUAGAGGUUACAUCAUUCAAGGAAGUGUUCAGCCACAGGAUAUGCAAAUUUAGUGUUUAAAUGAUCCGUACUGCUGUUUAUCUUUCAUCUUCAUAAUGUGACCAAGUUUAGAUGACUCUGUGUGGCCCAGAUUAAGAAAAAGGAGCAAACACGUACAAGGCACUUUUACUCUUGAAGAUGUAGCAGGUUUGAAGUAUUAAAGAGACUAUUUGUAGGUUUCAUAACUGAAUGUUUCGGGGAGUAAAGAGAGAACAUACAUCUGUGAUGCAACAUUUUUAUAGAAAUAUGUACCAGCGUUUCCUCCCAAGGUUAUGUAAGAAAGAAAAACCAACCCUCUAUAAGCAGAGAGUAUUUGUGGUGAAUCCAAAGCAGAGAUAAACUGUGACAAAGGAGUUUUCAGUUUAAGGUUGCAAACAUAUGGAGAAUACCGCUGUCCCUAGACUUAGCUUUUCUCUUUUUCCUAAAUUCCUAUAGAGAGUGAUAUAGAAAAAAAGGUUUCUUUUUUUGUUUAAAUGUACGAGCAGUUUAUAUUUUUGAAAAAAAAAGACAGUAUCUGUUUUUGAAUUAAGUCUUUCCACAAAAGUAAGUUCUCCAAUUAAGGGGGUAAAAAAAACAUCCAGGAGAGACGGUUAAUCAGUCUAGUACAGGCGUUACGGUGAUGGACAGGAACCAGGAACCUUUGAUUGAAUUAACAGCCAGAGGUCCAGGAAGCAAAGAUCAAUCAGAUUAAUUUUAUUUCUGCCAUCUAACCACACAGACCCACGCUCACACGGGAGCUUUACCACAGAUGACCUCAGCUUGUUGGUCCCUAGAGAUCCUGGUUUCUACGUACUUCUUGGUCAGCUGUUUUAGGCCAGUAGCACAAGAACAAUGCUUGAUGAGAAAGCUUGUAUGGCGCCUGUUAGUUUAGAUUUAAAUGUUGUCGGUUGAAGCACACUUGUUUUUGUGUGUGAGGAUACAUUACAGUGUUUUCAGAUCUUUUCUCAGUGACUGAACUGAUAUUUUAGCUGCUAUUUUAUGGCUAAGAUUUACCAACAUCAUUUUAUCUGGUUUAGUCCACUGCAGCAUCUUGAGGUGGUCCAUCAGCUGUUAAUGUGUGUUCAAGUUUUUUUUCUUUAUUUUUGUGUUUAGAUCACAAGGAACACGACUCCGGCAUAUCGAACUCCAGAGAUGAUCGAUCUGUACUCCAACUUCCCCAUCAAUGAGAAACAGGACAUCUGGGUCAGAACCUGCAUUUUUACUUUUAUCCUCUAACAUUUGGAUUUUACUGUAUUUAUUUCGUAGAGUUUACCACAAAUCACACGUUUUAUAAACCGUCAAAGAUAAGAAAUGAUUGUUUGACCAUCGGUAGACACCAGGAAUCCACUGUGUUAAAACAUGAGUGUGAGGUAGUGCUAUAAAAAUGGCAAAAAACAGAUUCACUAUUCUUUGUUGAUGUUUUUUUUUUUUUAAUAUCCCUGAAGAUAUUUUUCCCUUUAACAGAGACAUUUAAGAGCAACAGCUUGUCGUCUUACAGUCAGUUGCGUCAGUGACUAUAGUUGUGUCAGUUAAAUGUUUUUUCUUUUUGGUUUAAUAAAAUCAAAAGAUGCCUCUUGAGUUUAAUAUCGUCUUUAUUAUUUCCUUUUUGCAGGCUUUAGGGUGCAUCCUCUACCUGUUGUGUUUUAAGCAGCAUCCUUUCGAGGAGGGAGCCAAGCUACAAAUCGUCAACGGAAAAUACUCCAUCCCUCAGAACGACGUCAAGUACACCGUUUAUCAUGACCUCAUACGUAUGUACCUUUAUUCACCCACCCUUCUUGUUUCUCUCCGGUCCAAACAGCUGUCCCCUUAGAUAGACAGGAAUGUGUUCAGGAUAGCACCUCUAUGACGGCUGUGCUGACAGCAGCUUGUUUGAACUAAUCUAAUAAACUCACAGCUCCACCUGGUGGACGGUUUAAAGUUGUCUUCUAUCUGAUGAUUAAAAACACAACCUUUAAAGGUCUGUCAGAACAGAUGUUUAAAUGUUCUUAGUGAAGGGUUUUCUCUCCAGGUUACAUUGAUGUAGUUUCAUUCUUCGUUAAAUGAUCUGGUAAUAAUGAGUCUUGUUGUAUUUUUUCACCCUUCCUGUUUUCAGAUAUUUAACCUUUGUCUUUUAUCCCCCUCCUCUUCCUCUCUCUGCUGCUACAGGCUCCAUGUUAAAGGUGAACCCCGAGGAGCGUCUGUCUAUCACAGAAUUGGUCAACCAGCUUCAGGAGAUAGCAGCAGCACGAAACGUCAACCCUAAGUCUCCUAUAACAGAGGUAAGUGGAUGGAUGAUUUUGACAACCAUAUCUUGUGAAUUUAGGAGUUGAUAUCUCCUCGAAAUGUUUUUCUUUUUGAAGUUGUUGGGCUGUUUUUUUUUAACCAUGCCAGGUCAACAUGUUGAUCUCAGCUCUUCUCAGAAUGCUUGUUGCUGUUUUUCAAGCCCUAAUCUUGUAAACAAACGUCACCCUCAGUCCUUGUUCCUUAUAAAAAUAUAUUUGAGACAGAGCUGGUUUAUUAAUCCAGGACUGUCUCAUGCGGCUUUUGAUCUUGGUAUCAGUUUUGAGUGGGUGCAAGGUUUCUCCAAGUUCAUUUUGGGGUAAACAACUUGACUCAUCAGCACUUUUACAAUGUCUGCCAAACAGUUGAAGAGGCUUUUGACAAGACAACCACACGGCCUCUCCUUCCUGUGUGUGUCUAAUCAUGUCCUCAAUUUGCUGAUGCAGUCAUCCUCACUCAGACACACACACACAGGCACACACACAUAGCCGGGCUCAAAGGGGUCUGUAUUCUCUUUCCCAGGCUCCUCUCCCCCCAGCUGGCAGAUUCCUAAUGAGUGCAAAGAGACUGGGAGACUGUGAGGCAGAAAACUGGUGAAACAGAAGUCAAAUAACAGCACGUCAGGGGUGUUUUAGGCGCAGAUGUGACUCUUAAAGCAGAUUUUUUUCAUCCACCACCUAAGGUAGCUAAUCCAACACAAUAAGAUUUAAGAUUAUAGCCAAGAUUUGUGAAUAGAAAAGCACUCUACUCUAGGUCAUGACCAAUUAAGCGGCCACAGCUUCCUUUGAUUCCGACCACAAAUCCACAAAUCCUGCUACUUAUCACCAAAUCCUUCACCACAAUUGUGAUUUAUAGUAAGUAAAGCUGAUUUCAAAGUCAGAAGUCUCUUAAUUUUACAGUUUUUCUGUUUACCUCCAAGUACAAACUUUCUUUUUUUCCUCCAACAACUUUCACAUGACAAGUACUGAGUGAAGCUGGGCAGGUUCAUGCAAAUAGGAUGACAAUUUUCUUGAUUGUUUUGAUAGUCGGUUUCUUCUUACCAAUGUUCGAAAAACACUUUUUUAUCUGGUUUUGAAUGGCUUAAGACCUCAAGUCUUUUUUUUAGUAUCACUCCAUGAAUCAGAAAAAAAAAACCUUAAAACUGGAGAAUUGAGUUCCUCAUUACUGCAAUCAAUUUCUUCCCAAAGCGAAUCGUGAUGAUAAGGAUAGUAAAUGUGUGCAGAGUGAAGGCAGAUUUGGCGAUCGCUGAUCUGAUUAGGGUUAAGAAGGGGUUUCUCUGCUGGACAUAAGGAGAUUAUAAUCCUCCUUCCUCUUCUCCUCCUCCUCCUCCUCUUCACUCUGCUGCUUCUGGGCACAGACAUAUGGAGAGGCAGACUGACUGUGAGAUGGAACAGAGAGAGGAGAGGGACUUGUGAGAUGGAAGUGGAAUACUGAGAGAGGGAAAUACGGCAGACAUCAGGAGGGGAAGAGAAACACAGAAGCUGUCUGGCUUCUUUGACGCUGAUCCAGUUUUCCUCUUUGAAUUAUUUUAUCUGCCUUGUCUGACACCAAGUGUUUACUUCACAGGCAGCCAUCAUGUACCGUGUUUUGGCAUCAUUGUAACUGUUGGAUUUUACAUUUAAGGACAGGACUUUAAACCUGGAUUUAAUUUGAGCUUUUCUGUUUUGAGGUGAUAAUUUUUGAUUGUGAAGACUGAUGACUUUCUCCUCUAUUUUUCAUCCGCGCCUGGCUUUUAUUAAUUUUGAAUUACUUCAGCAAACUUGCAGCCUGGGUUUUCUCUAAAAGUUUUGUGUGGACUUGCUGUGAAUUUUCUUGGCCUACCUGCAACAAUGUUGAGCAGUUACUACUGUUGGCGCCCGGUGUAUGACGGCUAUGAAUGUCUGCAGCUCCUGGAGCAGAACGGAGGUUUCGGCAACAACGGAGCCCAGCCGCCCAUGCAGAUCCACAACGUCCAGAACAAUGCAGGUGAGUGUUUGUCUGCUGUUGUGUUAAAUUAUCCAGAUGUGCAAGAAAAUACAACCAAUGGCACCACCUGUGUCAAAAUAGAAGAGUAUUAGUGAUCCCUGGCCUAUUUGUUGUGCUUCUGUCAGGGUUCCUACACAGUUGGAAUUUCCAUACUUUUCCAUACUGUACUUUUUAGGAUUAUUUUUGGAAAUACCAGCUUUUCUAUUUUAGAAAACAGUAUUUUGUAACUGUGGUAAUAUAGUCUGUUAACAUAACUAUUUUUCCAUAGUUUAUUUUUCAUUUACCAUACUUUUUAAGACCUGGAAGUUGAUCAAAUUACUUCCUUACUUUUAAUACUUUCCAUACUUGUGUAGUAACCUUGUGUCUCACACUUUGGCAGCUGUUUGAAAAUUCAAGCCUGUGACUGAGAAAGACACUAAAUUGACUGACUGAACUAUUUGAUUCAACAGCUCCUGGCUUGUAAUCGUCUGGGAAAGGGCUCAAUUAUUUAAACAUUUUCAUCAGUCGCAACAUAAACUGGCUUAAAAACUCAAACUCCAUGAAAUUUAGUGAUUUAAAAAGAUGCGAUUUCAUGUGAGUGUCCCACAAUUAACACUCACAGGAUCCUAACAUUUCACUUAUCAGAUGGAGCCCUGCAUUUGUGGGCAAGGCAUGUCUGCCAUUUGGCCAGGCAGAUAAAACCACAGCUAGCAGCAAAUUAUUUUGUGUAAAUUUGGUGGCAGCGUCAUGGUUUGCGAGAAUGAUGGCAAAACAGGGAGAGAAAAGCUGUGACCAUUAAGGGGGAGGAAGAGCUUUAUGUGUGAAAGGCCAGCACCACUGUUUAGAGAAUCAAUUUGAAUUCAGGUUAGUUGACUAAUCACAAACACGGGAGGAAACAUCAGCAAACACAACACCCUUUGUUGCAAUAUUGAUCAGUUAUUCCUAAUUAAAGAUUUUUGUCCUUUCAUAUUGAGUUAGCCUAACCAGAUAUACAUGCCCCCUCUCACACGCUCAUCUAAACCAAACACCCCAGACACCCUCCCUCCAUAUCUCACCCAUAUCACUGAGAGUCACACAAGGCAAUGAGUAAUCAGCUUCGUUCUCCACUGACCACCCUGCUGACACACAAAAACACACACACAUGACACUCCAGCUUCUGUGGAUCCAGGGCAGUGUGAGGUAACCAGAGAGUUCCUCCUCCUGAGGAAAAAAAGAGCUCUUGGUUGUUUUUUAAUCUUUAUGUGAUAAUGAUUUACAGACUUCCAUCAAUGUGCUAAAAAUGUCCUGCCAUGACGAGAGAUCCUACUCCCGAAAUUACUCCUCAUCUUGUUCAUUGAUUGUAACGAUCAGCUGGUUUUUGUUGUUAAUAGUCACUCUGUUUCACAUCCUAACUUGUGUGAUCCCCACUUUGGUGGCUGCUGUGCUUGAUUUAUACUUUUCUUUCAGUAUAGAUGUGCAGCAGAAUAGUAAAUGAUCAAUCACAGGACUGGUUAUUUGCUUAACUGUGUGAGUUUAAGUUGAGAAAACAAAUCCUGUGAUCAUUUAAAUCAUAGAAAUACCUGCUUUAUGUUUGAUGCAGAGGACUGAGUUCAAAGGAGCCAAUGAUAAUCUUAUUUGUGUUGUUAAUUUUUACUCUUUUUUUUUUUAAGUGAGCGUAACAGGCUUAUCAUAUACCCAUCCAUACACACAUGCAGGCUCUGUCCAUUAAGAGGAUUUCCUCACUGCCGGUCAACCAUCUGUCGAAAAGCAGAGUACGUUUGCUCUUUGAUGUGAGGAAUCACUGGGUUCGCUGUCCAUUCAUACGAUCAGCAAUAAGAAAAUAAAUGAGCUCUUAUCUCCACGAAGGGCAGUUAACGUAUCAAUCUGGUUUCGUUUGUAUAGCUCCAAGUCAUAAUCACAAACUAUCGUUGACAAUUUACCGACAGACGAGGUCCAUGUCGUGUCUCAGGUCACUCCUUAGAGUCUGUAACUCCAGUACUGUUAUGAAGUUUCAGUGAAAUUUGUGUGAUGUGAGUGGAUGCUACUCUCCCUUGAAUCCUCUCCUAUCUGAGCAGAAUGAAGAGCACUGGGCAUGGCAGACCCAAAAAACUUGAGGGUUGAGUGGGGCUGGGCGAUAUGGCCUCAAAUCAAUAUCAUGACAUAUUGAGCAGUUCACCUCGAUAACUAUAAAUGGACGAUCACUGCUCCACAAGCUGCUCAUCCCCUCCCACAUUAACUUAUUCUACCUCAGCCGCCACUCCAGCCACUACAACUUUUGAACUGUCCUCUAUCUCCUCACCAAUCUUUCCCUCUUUGUUAUGGACUGGAUGGGGUGGAGUCACGUCUCUGAUGUAGGACAGCGUCUUAAAGGGAUAUGAGACCAGAGCCCCCCUACACACACCAACUUUUAUUUAUGUAUUUUUUUGACACAGAAUAUACCGAUAUGGACGAAAUGACGACGGUUAUUGUUGUUAAUUUCAGUAUCGGUACAUUUUCAGUCCUAGGUUUGAGCAUAGCUGCUCUGGGAUGCAUGACAAGUGUGCCGAGUUCAAAACAUGCAGCUUCAAAACUUUUUUAUUGCUCCUUUUUCUAUCAAAUCACCACAGCAAUGAAUUUUAUUACUACUCCACAACCAAACACUGGCCAGACCUCAACAUUAUCACAGCUUAUAUUAUUAAUUACAGCUUAGCUAACAGUUUUAUGUUUCACUAGAGUCAUUAACUAUGUCAAUAGACAGAUAAUGAAUGUGUGUUUUGCAGCCUGUUUCAUGCAAAGAUGGUGUGCAUGGUGUUGUUGUCAUUAAAUAUUGACACUGCUUUCUGUAGCUUUACCUAAUGUCAAGUGCUCAGCUAAAGCAAGCAUACUUAGCAUUCUCUGCGUUACCCAUGAUGCCUACAGGUAUAUACGACCCGGAUCAGUCGGGCAGUGGCCUCUUGGAUAUCUUACGAGGAGGAACGGAGCGCUUCUUGACAAACAUCAAGGACACCUCAUCUAAGGUCAUCCAGUCAGUAGCAAGGUAAGGCGCUCCUACCGUGUUACCCUGAUGGUCACUUUUGCAAUUAUUAGAUUUUUUUUUAUUUCAGUUGAAUCAUUUUUACUUUUUUUCUUUCUGACUGUCAGUUUCUCCCUCGAUUGGCAUCACAUGAUCAUGUGUUGCUAAAUUUAUCCCAUGAUUCUCAUUUUCUUGUUUUUUUACCUUUGAGGUUGCCUUAUCAUUAACUUUAGGAGACUAUUUCUCAGUUGACUUUGAACAACUGAGUAAAUAUUGAGAAUAAUGCAUUUGUAAAUUUGUUCCCUCUCACGCUCAAACCUCCCAGUCCCAGGAUUUACCUUUUUAAUAGGAACAUUUUGCUGCUUUGCCCUCUGAAGUGUUCUUUUUACUUGAUUUUGCAGUUAUAAAUCUGAAAGGAAAGAUGAAAGUUAUGUUAGAUUUUGUCUACUUUUUCAUUAGACUAACUCAGUAGUUGUUAAAAUUUGAUAUUGCAGGCAGGCAGUCUCUGUAGGCAUUGUGUUCAGAGGUUGAAAUGAGCAAAGUGUUCCUUCAUCAGCCCCUCUGUUUUUAUCAUUUUAAAGUCUGAUAUUUCAUUUUGUUGUCAUGUCAUCGGUUUGUCCCAUUUGUUUGGUGGUUUUGUUUAUUUCUUUUGUUGUUGUUUCUUUUCUCUGUCCCAAUCCCUCAUGGUCCCACUAUGUGUCCAUCACCUAGCAACCCAAGGUAAAUACGGGUCGGAGAAGUGCGUCAUCUCAUGCGUUGCUCUGUGUGGUCUUGUAGUUUGUGUUUGAUUUAGAGGAAGAAAAAAAAAAAAAACCCUGUCGAGUCUCUCGCUGUGCCGUGUCUUGUCAUCACAGCUUGCUGAUCCUAACAUGAAGCAUUCAAUAAUUCAAUUGAAUGAGUGCAAACCAGAGUGUGAUAGCGAAGAUUUCAUUUGAGGAGUGAAUGGAGAGUCCGAUAAAGCAAACUGAAACAUCCUUUUUGCAUGGUAAAGAAGACUAUCGUUAAUAGAAUUUAUUUGAACAUGAACGACAAUUAAACAUGGUACAAAUUAAAGACAUAAACACACAAAAAACGGAAAGAAAACAAAACCAGCAGAGAGUCAAUUAAUUGUGUCAUUUGCAUGUUCAAAAUGGAGUGGGAGGAAGUCGAAAUUUGUCUAGUCCCACCCCUUUUGCAAGAUUUAGAAUAAAUUAAAAUCAAACACUGACGUUAGCAAUCAUCUUAUUUCCAUCUCUGUAUAAUUUGCAAGGUACCUCAUCAUAGUCUAAACUCAAAGUCUGUCACCCUUUUCCUGUCAGACCCUGCCAGCCCUGUCUCAAAUACUACCUGUAAUUUUAACCGCUUUAACCAAAUCCCUCUUUUCCUGUCAGCUCACCAUCAUUCCCUUUACUAUGGUGUUGGUGGUUUUUUUCCAUCUUUUUCAACUGUUUGUCCAUUAGUUUGAGGCAUUAACACACUUAAUCUAUUUUGAUUAAGUCACAGCAACUACGUUUUCUGUUGAUUUGUUAUUAUUUCCAUCUAUUUUAACCAUUUAUACGUUGAAUUUAGUUGACUAAAAAUAACUCAUCUGUUAGCUGACUUCAUUCCCCUUUCUGAUUUUGGCAUUUCUCCUCUGCCUUUGGUUUCAUUUUUAUUAAUUUUUUCUCACAAAUUUUAGUCAUUCAUCACUUUUGAAGUCCCCAACUAUUCCUGUACUUGCACCAGAUAAAUUCAUUUUGUCAAAGCUGGCACAAUAUUUAGAAAUGGAUUCUUAUUUUUUAGUUUUACUGCUGAAGAAUAUUUGCGCUCCAGUCUUUUUAGUGAAUUUUCCAAAGAGUAACUCCAAGAGUGAACGCCAAAUUGAGACGUAGCCAAAUUUGAAUGACUGAGUGAAUGAAUGAAGGGUGGCUGCAAGGUCGUAACACACCUCCACUGCUUACUAAAUCACCAUCUCAGCUUUAGCUUUGCUUUAACCAGCAUCACGUGUCCGUCCUGACACCAUACAGUCACAGCAGUAUCUUGAAUUUAACAGAAAGGCUUGUUUGUGUCAACCAUUGAAUUUUCCAGAAUUCUCAUGUGAUUUAUUUUGCGAUGAAAUCCAGUGUGUCCUUCUUUUUACUUCAUAAACCAAGGAGUUGUGAGCAGAAAGGGUCCUCCUCCAUCUGCCACAUGCAUGUGCUCGUUUAAAACUCAACAUUUGUUUGCGGCUUCAUCAAAACGAGUUUCUAUCCAUACUGAUAAAUACCUCUGAUAAAGAUGUCCACUCAGAUAUUGAUUAAAAAAUAACUUCUGCAGCACUGUGCCGUCUUUUAAACAUAAUGUAAUUUAACACUGUGACUUAGCGUUGUUUCUUCACCUUGAUAAGUAGAUGUAAUUGCUGUGAGCUCUCCUAAUCCUGAAUCAAUUAAAUUUUGACUUUGUAGUGAUCUGUGCCUCUCCCUCCUUAAUGCAUUCAAUACCAAAUCCACUUACAAGCACACUCUGGAUUUAUCUUACAGCUAUGCCAAAGGGGACCUGGAUAUCUCAUACAUCACCUCCAGAAUAGCAGGUACACACACUGAUCUUCAUGUAUUCAUAUAUUUAUUUUAUUUAUUUGAUUAGCACAUUAAGUGACAUGUCAGCAAAAGCAUCGAUGUAAAUAUGCCAGAGUUAGCAUAAUUGCUCAUUUUAAUCCGUUGUCCUAAGGCAGAUGUUUAAAAACAUAGAAACAAUACAUUAAAUAUACACAAUACACAAUGACAAAUAGGUAUAACAUGCAUUUAUAUCAGUACUUAUGACAUUUACAGUUAUAUAAGUCUUAUAUUUUUAGAAUCCUCUUCUUACAUGAUUUUGUCAAAGGUGACUGAUAAAAAAAAACCUUUGUGUUUGUGCAGUCAUGUCCUUCCCAGCAGAGGGGGUUGAAUCAGCGAUAAAGAACAACAUUGAGGACGUCCGUCUCUUCCUGGAUUCACGUCAUGCUGGGCACUACGCUGUAUACAACCUCUCCAAACGCUCAUACAGGCCUUCUCGAUUUCACAACAGGGUACAAAGCUUGUCUUUCUGUGUGUGCACUGUGGGCCAAUGUUUGUGUGUUCUUCUGUGUGCAUGCCGAAUCUUGUUCAGGGUAGGAUGUAGAUCAGACUGAGACCAAAAUUCUCUGCUACAACGCCGGUGAGUCAUUGCUGCUGAGUGUGGGCAGUUUGUCGGUGUUGUUUUUCUGUCUUCUCCACUGUCAAACAUAUCAUUGCCACAGUUUUUGAGACUAUCUUUCUCGUGUGUGCGGCUGUAUAGUAUUCCUGCUGGAUUCAUGUUUGUGCGUUUUUGUGUGUGCAGGUUUCAGAGUGUAACUGGCAGGUGCGCCGAGCCCCUAACCUCCGCAGUCUGUACAGUGUGUGCAAGAACAUGCACCUAUGGCUCAAACAGGACCAGAGGAACAUCUGUAUAGUUCACUGCUUGGUAAGUAGAUGGAUGAUAAAGACAAAUGAUGUCUUGGUCCUUCAUGCAUCACAGCAGAACAAGAUGAAGAAGGGAAACACCUGCAGUACCUGAACUUUUUGACUUUUCUCUUUGUAGGACGGCAGGGCAGCAUCAGCUGUGGCCGUUUGCUCUUUUCUGUGUUUCUGUCGCCUUUUCACCACAGCUGAGGCUGCUGUCUACAUGUUCUCAAUGAAACGCUGCCCACCUGGCAUAGCACCCUCACACAAGAGGUAAGAAAGCACACACACACAUAGUGUAUAAGUUGUUGAAAGGUGUAUUGUUUAAUAGGUAGUUUGAAAAGACAAAUUGUUUUAUUUCCAUUUUCAUAUUCAGCGAACAGCACUCAAUCCUGGUUAAUGUUUUUCAAUCGCAGGUAUAUCGAGUAUAUGUGCGACAUGAUGGCAGAGGAGCCCAUCAUCCCUCACAGCAAGCCCAUUGUCAUCCGCUCCAUCGUCAUGACACCAGUGCCGCUUUUCAACAAGCAGCGCAACGGGUGCAGGCCGUUCUGUGAAGUUUAUGUCGGAGACGAGAGAGUCCUCACCACAUCACAAGAGUACGACAAGAUGAAGUGAGUCUGAAGCUGUGCCUAGAUUAAAGGGGUAUCCUCUUUGAUGUGUUGGUUUGCUGUUAUAAAUUUCCUCUGUUAUUUUUUACUCUAUCUAGGGACUUUAAAAUAGAGGAUGGGAGAGCGGAGAUUCCCCUCAAUGUGACAGUCCAAGGAGAUGUCCUGGUGGUGAUCUAUCAUGCAAGAUCUACACUGGGAGGACGUCUUCAGGCCAAGGUACUUACCCACACAAGCACCCAUCAGCUAUAAGCAGAUUCUGUGCCUCUUUGUCUAGACAGUGUUAAAUGGGUUAAAUUCUCUACUGCUGUGUUGUAGAUGGCAUCCAUGAAGAUGUUCCAGAUCCAAUUCCACACAGGUUUUGUCCCCAGAAAUGCGACCACUGUCAAGUUUGCAAAGUAAGCAACAAAUGCACAAAUACAAGAUCUUUGCCACUUGAAGCCCCUGGUUUCCUUUGUCCUGCACUGUACUGUCUCCUACGUAAGAGUUUUGGAUUUUAAAACUAUCCUGUCACUUGUCAGGUACGACUUGGACGCCUGUGAUAUCCAAGAGAAGUACCCAGACUUGUUCCAGGUCAACCUGGACAUCGAGGUGGAGCCCAGGGACAGACCAAGCGCCAAGACCCCACCUUGGGAGAGCUUUCAAACCAAGGGCCUCAACCCGAAAAUCCUUUUCAGCUCCCGUGAUGAACAGCAGGAGAUUCUCAGUAAAUUUGGUGAGUGAGAGCCAGGCUCUGGGUCAUGGAGUUAUUUGGCUACCUGGACCUUCUGACUAAAUGUUAACCCCCCGCUCUCUGCAGGUAAGCCCGAGCUGCCUCGUCAGCCAGGUUCAUCAGCGUUUUAUGACUCAGAAGCUCCUCAACCGGCUCAGACUCCAGAAGGACCCGGUGCAACAGAGCCAGAAUCUCCUGUGAGCACAGACAGCAACGCAAACAACUUCUUCCAGACUCUGGAUUGGGAAGGUACCACACUCAUGACCCUCAACCUCUUGCUAUCAUAUGAUUAUCAGUUCACUGCUUCUGUGCAGAGUGAAGAGUAUCUCAUCUGUGUUGUUUAAGCAGAUGCUCCUAAGGAAAACUGAGCAUUGACUCUUGACUGACCAGUUUCUCGUAUUCCCAGAUGUGCGCGGCUCUCAGGAUGAAAGUCAAGGAGGAGGAUCCAUGAACGACCCGGAGGAGCUGAGUGACCAAUCAGAAGGAGAGUCCUACUCUUACUCUGCGCCCGGUGGGGAGCCGCUGUCACGUGACCCCAGCGAACCACUGUUUGAUGCUGACUUCCAGGUGUGGAUAAAUACAUCUUACUAAACCAUCACAACACUAGUUUAUUAUGCACUUUGGUUAAGGGCGCAUUCAUACCAGGACUGUGUGGUUUGUUCUAAAAGGACCAUGGUCCCCUUAAUCCUUUGGUCCAGGUGGUAUGAACGUGCCAGCGAACCGUGGUCUGGAUCAAACAAACGAACCAUGGUCCUCUUGAAAAUGCUAGACUCUGUCCCCUUUUAAACAAACCACGGUCCGGUCCAUGGCGGAUGUGAAAGCAGCGCUGAUACAGACAGACUUUUUAUAUGUCAGUAUAAACCAAUAACACAUUUACAUUGUAAUAAAUCUGGGAAAUUAUUCCGGGCCGGAGGUUGCAGCAGACGGAGAACAGCCGGUCAAAACACCGGACUGUCCGUAAAGCAGAGGGUUUGUGUUCUAAUCCAUCAUCCAGUAGUCGGGUGAUAAAUAUUAAAUACCUGGGUGUUCUUCUGUUCAACAAACAUGCUGACAAUGUGUUAAAGGCAUUCCUUUGCAUUAAUGCCCCGUGUCUCCUUGCACAAUGUCUCCGCCACCUCUGGUGAAUUGUUUGAAGCAAGACACCCUUUGUUCUCUCUGGUCGGCCACUCUCUGUGUAUUGUGGGACAAUGAAGAUUGUGCCCCAAAUGAGCGAGUGACAGACAGUAAUUUUUCUUUGUAAUUUUGCCUCUUUUUUUUAACCAUUUGGUUCGUUCAGCGAAAGUCCCCUGUGAACGCUUGCCUGACCAAAUGCAAAAUGCAACAAUGUAAACAUGUGGUUUCUGGUCCGCACCUUCUCAGUGGACUUUGGGUGAGAGAGGCCCCUUAGAGACCUCAUUUUUGGCAUGUGACCUGAUUUGAUGUCCCAAACUGUGGUGACCCCAGACAUUCAAAACACAUAGACCUAGAUUUUUUUAACUGAAAUUAAUCAGUUUUGAAUCAGGUAAUAGUUUUCAUUCUGUGUUGCAAAAGCUCUUGAAUUUUAGACCAGUAUUUUCUGUAUGUCACUGUAACAGAAUGGUCUGGAUGAGAUAAGUGCACAAAGUAAGGGUUUUAUUUUUCUCAGAGCAAGAUAUAAACACCCAGUUGAUCUUAUUUUUACAAGGCUGGAAAUGCAUGCUGAACCAAAAACAACUCUAAUAGAUCAAAAACAUUUUUGUAAUGAAAAAAAAAAGAAAGCCAAGUAGCCAUUUUGUGUAUUAUUUGCAUUAUCAUAUUCCCUUUUAACUCACCUUAUUUAAUCUGACAGCUAAGCUUGUAUAUCACACUGCAGCCUUUCAAAGUCCAGUAGUAUAGCAGACAGAGUGCGUCUUGUCUGUGACCUAAUGUCCACUGGCAAAUGGUACUUUGACUUCUAAAUCCAGCAUCGCACAGAUCAGUGUUUUCACAAGAGACCAGCAGUUUAGAGCACAGAGAUCUCUGGUUGAAAAACACUGAGCGGUGGCCGCCUGGUGCAGCAUUUUGGGACUCUGGGAAAUGAACACAUCCCCUGGCAGUGUUAUGUGCUUUGAUUAAGACAUGUCUUUAUUCAAAUACCGACCUGAGUUGAAUCAUAAAAGACCAAUAUUGAAAAGACUUGAAAAGACUGAAAAGAUCAUUUCAUUACGUGUGGUAUUUCUGUUAUUUUGAUUAAAUUUAUUUGAUCAGUUCUGGGUGAUCCUGUUUGGGUCUCCAAGGUUUGAAAAGCCAGAGCUUACCCUUUUAUGGAUGUGUUAUUGUUGUUUAUUAUAAAGCAUGCUGAGAGUUGAGACCAAGCGUUGCUCAUCUCUCAGGACAAAGAGUUCUUUUAUAAAACUGCUGUUUUUAAUCCUAAUAAGGGAUUUCAGUAUCUUUAAGUUUAAAUUUCAAUGCUCAAAUUUUGUCAGCUUUGACUGCCAGUUUCAUCUAAUGCCUAUUUCUUCUUCAUGUGUCUCCUCAGAACCCCCCUCCAGCCGCCCAGGAGUCCCCUAUGGGAGACACAGCUGACCUCUUAGGAUUAAAUGCUGACCCUCAACCCCCCUCCAUGUCCUCAACUCCCGGUCCAGCUCCUACUCAAGGAGUCCAGGGAGGAAUGAAAGCUGCAUCCAGCAACAGUGACCUCCUCGAUGAUCUAUUUGCACCCCCUGGUGGUCAGACAGGAGCAGUGCAGGAAGACUUGUUCUUCAGCGGUCCGGCUAGUGUGGCCACUCCAGACUCAAAACGUGAGGGUUGAGGCUUCACAAUGUCGCUGCAUUAUUGUAAAAAGAAUCCAACCUUGAUGCAUUGUCCUCAUGCUCACUGUGUGUUGUGUUUCAGCCAUGGGUGACCUUUUCGACCCGUUUGGAAUGGGGUCUGGCUCCGGCGUUGGUUCCAGCGUGGGUUCCUCUCGUCAGGCGUCUGGACCAGACCUGUUUGGAGACUUGUUGGGUUCUGAUAGUUCAGCCACCAGCGGGUUCAGCUCAGCUCACAGCAGUGCCACCCCUGCUUCCAACACAAGCCUCUUCAACCUCAGUAAGUCCAAAACGCCACCUCUCCUCUGCUGACGUAUCAGAUCGGUCUGUUCUCAGUGAAAACACACACAAAUAAAUGCACACAACGUAUCUUUGACUCUGCUGCAACAAAUCUCCCUGCAGCAUCUAAAGUUUAAACCAGUUUUACAGGGCAAACCGCUCCUUUCUGCAAACAUUCGCUUCAAACACUCGUCAGGUAUUCAAACUGAACAGCUAAAAUAGAAAAACAAAACCAAGUUGAGGUUAUUCGCUACUUUUGCUGCUUCACAGAUAAGAUAGUGAAUGAUGCCCCUAAGAUGACAUCAUCGGCCAGCCAGCCAGAUCUGCUGGGUGGCUGGGAUAGCUGGGCAGCUGGCACGACCGCAAGCAUGAGCGCCACCACCAGCAAACCAAACUACACCAAUACAAGUAGGUGGAUUUACUUCAUGGAGACAUUUGUGUUUAUGAAUCAACAAUUCAGUGGAUGAUUGUGUAUCUACAUCAAUUAGUAAUGAUAAAUGUUGAUAGAUUAAAAACAACAGAGCUAAUUCACGCACUUUUACUGUGUCUGCAGCUUCUGGUAUGUCAUCCAUGUCGAAGGCCAAGUCCCAGACCUUUGACCCUUUUGCCGAUUUAGGAAACCUCGGCGCCAAUUUACCAGGUAAGAGGCUGUUAUGGAAAGUGUUGUUUCUGGAAAAUGAACUGAUGUUAAAUCUGAGUGAUUUUUGAAAUGCAAAAGUAUAACUGUUAAAGUGUUAAGCCUGAUAGUUAAAAGGCUCGCAGCUAUUGUUUAUUGUAAACAGAAGUAGUCAAGUAACUUUUAACCUUUCACUGUGCAUUUAAGCCUACAGUUAAUUUAAAACGUGCAAAGACGAUGAAUCAAAUCAAAUGUUGAAGCUGUAAAAAUGUACUCUUUUAUUUCCCUCUUUUAAUUUGAUGCCAGCAGCAUCUCUCAAAACAGUUCAGACAGAGGCAUGUUUACAUUUUGUUGCGUAACCUCGUCUUUUAACAACGCUCUGUAAAUGUUUGGGAACCUAGGAGACAGUUCCUGGAGUGUUGAAAGUUAAAUUUUGUCCCAAUCUAGCUUGACGUUGGAAUUCAGCUGCUCAGCUUCAUUUUUUUUGUCAUAAUGCACCAAAUGUUUUCAAUCAGUAACAAGUCAGGACUAUAAGCAGGCCAGCUUAGCACCUACACUCUUUUUCUACAGAGCCAUGUUGUUGUAAUGUGUGCAGAAUGUGGUUUGUCUUCUUGCUGAGUUAUAAAUGCGUGCAUAAAUGGGCACAGGCACUUAUGCAUCCUUGUAAGCUGGUUUUUGAAGUGUGCACUAAUAACAAGCUCCCCUCGUUAAAGUAGAAGAAGCAGGGUCCAUACAAGGAUAAAUCUUCACUUAUAAAUGUGUUAUUCCACUUUCUUUCUUGCAGGUUCCUCCAGCGGUAACUUCUCCGGGCCUUCCUUUAACGCCAAGGCUCCAACUUCAUCCGCCUCUUCCUCCUCUGCAAAGCCUCAAGCCCAAGCCUGGCAGUCUGGAAGACCCACCUCAGCCCAGAACAAACCAUGGAUGCACGGAUCAGGAUCUGGGACUACACCCAAAGCUUCUUCAGCGCCUCAGCCUGCCGGUGCGCAGUCCACCAAACCCAACUACAACCUCAACUUCUCCAGUGUCAUCGGGGGGAGAGAGGAGAGGGGAGUCCGCGGGCCUGGAUUUGGUAAGAGACAUGAGUUCUGAUGUGAUAGCAGAUGCGGGGAUAUUUUUUAUGUUUUAUUCGUGCUGAAUUGAUGAAUGAUGGUGUUCCUUUGCUUACAAAAGACUGCGCUUGGCAUUAAUAAGAACAUAAUUAUGUAUAUGUUAGUCGAAUACAUUGCUGCAUAAUCCCCAUUCAUGAGCUCUAUUUUUCUCUGCUGUUUUAAUAUUAGGCCCAAAGCCAAAGGUGAAGGAGGACGAUUUUGAGGACCUGUUGUCAACUCAGGGUUUUGCCUCUAAGCCUGAUAGGAAGGGACCGAGGACCAUCGCUGAGAUGAGGAGGCAGGAGAUCACUAAAGAUAUCGAUCCACUGAAACUACAGGUGAAGAGGAUCACAUGCUUUUUUUUUUUGCAUUUGCCAUCAACUGGCAGGUUUUUUUUUAUUUUUAUGAAUUAUCACUGUCCAGUAUACACUCACCCUUCUUGCAUUUUUCUGAGGUUUUAUUUGUCGCUGUAUACAUCCCAAUGCAUGUAUAAGAAAGCUUUAAUAGUGAUUUAAUCAUGUAAAAAACACUACAACAAUGCACUGCAUGAAACUACAGGACAAAAACUACUGGACAAAAUGGGAUUCUUUGAUUCUUGUCAAACAGACUGAUGGUCAAAGUAGCCCCCAAGUUUUUAAUAAUCAAAGUAUUUUUCGUUUUUCAUAUUCAAACAAACAUCUCAUUCUGAACGAAACAUAAAUCACGAAAACAGGUCUAAACUACAAACAAGACCAUAACAAAACAUACCGGUACCAGACAAAGACAUACCCACAACCUGUUUUUCAAACAUUCUCGAGUUAGAAAUAAAUAAAUGAAUAGAUGACAGUAACAAUAACAGAAAUUAUGAUAAUAAAGAGGAGAGCAACAGAAGAAAAAAAAAGGGGGGGUGGGGUGUCAAAAGCUGCCAAAUAUGUUGGAGCAGAAGAAAACUCGUGUUCAAAAUAGGAAAUAAAAGGCUGUCAGACCCUAAAAUAUCUCCUAGUGUUGCCGGGCAAAGUAAAUCUAAGAUGCUCUAAUUUAAGGUGUGCCAUCACCUCCUCUAUCCAUCGUUUGUGAGAUGGCGGUGUUGCCUUUAUCCAGUUGAAUAGAAUCAGUCUCUUAGCCAGCAAUGAGGUGAAUGCUAUUGCUUUCCUUUGAGCGACUGUCAGUUGUGUUUCCUUUGGUGCCACACCAAAUAUGGCUGUCGGUGGAAGCCCCCAAGCAUUUUAAGGUAGUGAUAUAUGAUCUUGUUGCAGAUCUUGGAUUGGAUCGAAGGCAAAGAGCGAAACAUCCGAGCGCUGCUGUCGACCCUGCACACGGUGCUGUGGGAGGGAGAAACCCGCUGGAGGCCCGUGAGCAUGGCUGACCUUGUGACGCCUGAUCAGGUGAAGAAGUUCUACAGGAAAGCUGUGCUGGUCGUUCACCCUGAUAAGGUAUGCCUGUUAAAGCAAGAUUUGACAUGUCACAUAUGCAGUGUCCAGGAUGAUUUUUAAUGUUCCCUCUCUCUGUCUCUUUCUGCAGGCUACAGGCAAGCCUUACGAACAUUACGCUAAGAUGAUCUUCAUGGAACUGAAUGACGCCUGGUCAGAGUUCGAGAACCAGGGAUCCAAAGCACUCUUCUAAAAACCUCGUCUGGACUCAUCCAGACCAGACUAGACUGGAUUUUGGUUUGACCAAACAAGGUUCAGACCAGGCCAGAUUGGACAGGACUGAGCCCACAUUGGGCCUUAGGGGGCGCAGAGCCUCUGAGAGGUGUCCUCUCCAACCAUUCCCUCACUCCCUUUCGUCCCUUUUUAGUUUCUUCUGUUCUCACGAUCAAGGAUAAAGACCUUUCGCCUCAUGCCUGGCUGUGGUGAAAAACCCAUCACUGCUAAACAAACAUUGUGAUCGUUCUUAAACUCACUGCCUACCUGUACCAAUGCCUGAGUGGUGCUGCAAACAUUAGGAGGGGGGAAUGGGCGACAAUCACAAGAAGAAAAGGAAAGAGAUGAGAUAACACAAGGACCUUUACGAUAACACGUGAUUAUGAAGACGAGGAAAAAAAAGAUUUAAUGACCCAACACUGAUAAUUUGCUGGUAUAUUUUAACUGUGGCUUCUAGGUUUGUCAUUUGUGCUGGGCACUUUUGCAGUCCUGUGUGGUUUGAAAAAAAAAAAAUACAGAACACGGCAAUCUUGUAAAAUUUCAGCAUGCCAGCCAUGACGUCUACGGAUAUCUGAAUGUUGAGUUUUUUUUUGUUGUUGCCUCGAUUAAAUAGCUGAUGAAUCUUGGAAACACACCAGCCACAGCAUCGAACGGACAAAAGCAACUUUUCUUCCUGUCUUAAACGCAGAAAAGGGACUCUGAAACACAGAAAGUAACACCCAUGAAAACUUGAUCGAGUUUGCUCCUGAGCCGUCUCCUCUCCAAAAAAAAGACAGAGACUAUUGCCUGCUGAACACUACUAGUGCUGCUUCUAUCAUUAUUGUUAAUUCUACAACACACACACACACUCACACACUCCUCUGGUCGAUGCUUCCUGAACUUCUGCAGAAGGAGCUGGACUAGUUGCGGAGCCCUGUAUUAACCCCUAAACGGGCGGUCUGUUGUUGUCGAAGUGCUCUUUUAACUCCACCCACUCAGGCUAUACUGUGUAGCUAACUGCAUGCUCUCCCACACUGAACCUCCACACGAGAGGAGGGAGGUGAUAUCAAACCAGGGUAGUCCAAACAUGGCAGGGGGGCUCUUUUUCAUUCAAGUGCUCUUUUUCUUGUAGCAGAAUCAGAAAAGAGUCGACCUGCCUGGUUACGCUGCGUGGCAGACUCCAUGCCUCUACAUUCCCUGUUACUUUCGAGUAUUUUCAUCACCACUAUUGUUAUUAACUCCUCUCUGUGUCUCUGUUAGCCCCAGCCGCCUCCUGCACAGACUUCAUUGGACUUGUUUUCUUGUCAGUGCAUAGGAGGAGAUCAAAAAGUGAAGGAAUGAAAAGAGAAUAUGUUAUCGUGCUCUUGGUUUUAAUCUUUCUGGUGUUUUUCUUCGCCCCUUUUUUUGUUCAUCAUCACUUCAUUGUAAAGAUGAAAUGAUUUUCCUUUAAGUGGCUUUGAGAAGACGACAGCCGGAGCGGUUGAUAAGUCCUGGCUUCCUCUACAGUUGUGUGUGUGUGUAAGCCAGGACUGAGAAUGAAUUUUUUGGCAUCAUGCUUUCUUGUCUGCAAUCACAAUCUUUUCUUAAUUUAACACUUUUUUUGUUUGUUUUUGUCAAUAUUUUGUAUUUUCCAAAAUCUUUCCAAUUUUCAUGCUAUUUUUUUCACAUUUUACCUCAUGGACCAAUCAAAUCACUUGUUUUUUUUUUUAUUUAUUGUGUUUUGAGGGAGGGGAGGGGGUUCUGAUGACAUGUAUUCAUGCAUUUAAAUGGCACAAGUGAAAUUUUGCAGAUAAUAUAUAGUGGAAUGUGCUGAGUGCAAGUGGGACAGCUGAUCACAGUGAGCCUCUUUGUUGCUGUUUUCAUUCCAAAGCAUCUGUUAUUAAUACGAAUGUGCUUUUACAAAUAUAUAAAUAUAUAUAUAAUAUCUUCUUUGUUGUUCGGCAGUAUGUGUUUAUCAUUUCUCUGUCCAGUCUGUCCUUUUGUUGUUCUUCUUUUUGCUCCCAUGUUGUUGCUUCUGUUUUGCAUUUUGACAUUUUGUUAGACUUCCAACAUGAGGGGCCAGUCAACCUAAGUAAGAAAAAAAAAAAAGAGAUGAACUGAUGCUUGAACUUUAGUUGAAGUCUCUUUGACAGUAUGAUCAGUGUGAAGAAGGGGGGAGGGGGGUCGCAAAACUACACAUCAGCAGUGUUUACUGUACCAAAUUACAUCAUAACUAAUAUGAAUGUAGAUUUCAGUGCAAAAAGAAAAUUAAAAAAACAUGUGAUCUGUUUGAGUGUCUUUUUUUUCAUCCUUUUACCACAUCCACUUAGCAAUAUAAACCAGAGACAUAUCACAGGAAGCACAAAAAUCUCGAUCUUCAUUUUUUUCCUUUUAAAAUUGUGCAUUUAGUUUUUCUGGUGACACGUGUGUUACCAAGUGUAAUAAACAGUCAGCAUAGUGUCUUCUAUAGGUAUGGUUUAUGAUGCAUUACACCCUUAAUGAUAAACUAACAGCGUCUUUUGAAUUCUGAAUUUUAUAACGCAUAACUCGUACAACUUUAUUCAGUUUUAAACAUUCAUGGAGAAAUCAUCAGUGUGCCAUCAAAACAAGUUCUUAGUACCAGUUUUACUUAAAUAAACUUUUUUUUUCAAAUUAUUAAUUUAUUUUUUUGUACAAAAAAAGCUUUAAAUCGAUAGCUCUUUUUAGUUUAGGUUGUAAAAAAUGGAGAACUUUUGUACUUUUAAAAAGGGCAUCAAAGACUAUAGGCCCUUUGACAGCUUUAUUUCUGUCAUUGUUUGAAUUCAUUUAUUUGUUCUUUUUUGGCAUUGUUCAGACGUGCUUUCGGAUAUUAUUACAGCUAUACAAAUAUAUAAAGUUAUUAGCAUAAUUAACCACUUUUAGUUUCAGCACCACUGUUAAAUAAAGCUUAAUUAGUUUAUUUAUUGUAUAUUUUAGUUCACAUAAAGCACCGUUCUUUCUGAACUUUUAUAGGUUGUUUAAGUUGCUGGAGUUAUAAAAGUUAAUUAAACCCCAAAAAACCCUGAAAACCAAGUAAAUUUUGAACCCUUUGUUACAUUUCACCUUUCACUCUUCUCCAGCGCCCUGUGGUCAGGUUCUGGUUUCCACGUGCCCAUUAGGGGUCAGCAUGGGCAUCCUGACCAGUUUACGCCCAUGUAGCUCCAUAUACAACAAGCGGUGAUGCACUGUGUUUUGACUCCUAUCCAGUUGCUCUUCUGCUGGACUGGACCACAUGGGCCAACCACAGAACUCAAGCACAUUAGUGAGCAUUAACCACCCUUGACAUCACUGUUGUCUGUUCACUGGUUUUCCUCCCUUGGACAACGUCUGGUGUCUGGUGUUGUCUACUGCAGACUGGGUACAAACCAAAAGAUCUUUAGUUUGGGAUUUUACAUAAAUAAAUGAGUAAGCAAGAUGAGGACAUGACCACUGGAAAUUGGCGAAUACAAAUCUCCUCAGACACACGAGGCAACUAAUUCCCUCUGACACCCCUCAGGAUAAGCCCAAAAGAAAACAAUGGAGAGAGCAACCAUGAGUGUGCAUUGUUGUCAUCCCAAACAUUAUAAAAUGAACCUCCUCUGCAGUUCUUGUGCAACCAUCUCCCAGCAUUUGGCUUGUAUAAGAGUGCUUAUGCUCUGGAUUUAUGAGUGCAGUGCGUGCAGAUAUGACGUCAACUGGAUGAGCUAAAUACACGGCUGCAACAAACACGGAUGAUGAUUUUUUUUCUUUCUUCAAAAGCUUUAAAUACAGCUUGGAUGGGAGAAUUCCAGUGAACAUUCAAAUACUUCUCAGAUAAACUCCCUUCCUGAGCUAAAAUACUGUAAGAUGUCACGAUGUUAAAUCAUGUCUGUCAUGCUGUUAAAUGGCUUUUUUUAAAGCUCAGAGAUUCUUCUAGUUAAUUCACUUCCCCCCUUCAGCUACAAUAAAUGAUAAAAGUAAUUUUGCUACUCAUUUCCUGUUGGCUUCAAAAUGAUUCCACUGCAACAGUUAUACAACCUGGCAAUUUAAUUUUUAUUAUUAUUAUUUUAUUCACAGAGAUAGCAUCUUUGGCUCAAAAUUGCACAUAAAACAUGAAGUCAAAAUACGCUUUAGCUUAUGUAAGUUUCUUUUCAAAGCCUGCUUAUUUAUGACUCCCUCGAGGCUCUUUAAAUGUGUUUACUGAGUGAAAUUUUAUAUAUCCUUAUAAGACCUGAUCAGUCUGUUCUGUUCUGUGUGGUGGGCGUGAGUCUAAAACCUGCUGGUGCUAAAGUGCUGAAACCCAAUGUGCCAUAGGGAGGAGGACACUGUGACCUUUUCAACAGGCUUUCAUUUAUUGUGUCACUCACAGCAGAAACUCUGCCAUUUAAAAACGGUUGUCAUCAUUUAAUGGGAGUACAAUGGGUAAGAAGUGGAAAGACGUAGAUUAAAUUUGCUUUUGAAGCUUGAGAAAUAAAUGACAGUUCACAUUCAAAGCAGGUUUUUAUUGAUACUGUAUGCACCAAAGUUUGACCAGCUAAGCAUGUUGUUUUCUGAUAUACUCCAUAACAAACAUUCAUAUUGAGACAAGCUGUUUUAUGUGAAAUUCAUACUAACACAGGCGAGAGGGAGAUUUGUUUAAUCGGUGAUGGAGAAUUUAAAAGUUAAUUUUGGCUUUAAGUCCUGGGUGUAGUUUUCAGUUGCAGUGGUAUUAUCACCUGGCUGUGUUAAAUACUUAAAACCUCUCAAAACGUAAGAGUAAUGCCAGAGAAAACCUAGUUAAAUCAAUCUUUGUAAGGAAGUCUAAUACUUCUCACUGCUGCCUGUUGCUACCGUGACAAAAAAAAUGUAGUUUCCCAACAUUUUCUGAAGGGUGGCAGGUGGGGGGUGGUAAUAACAACAAGCACAAAUGUGAGAGCAGCUGCUGGAGCAACUGAGUCUGAACAAGAGCUGCUGAGCACCUCUCAGAGUUGUUGAUGACUAAAGCGUAACUAUGAUCAUGAGUGGUGGUGAUUGCAACAGUUAAAAGUUGAGACAUGUGCCUCAUUCAUAGUAAAUGAUAAAUAAUCUGCACUUUAACAGCUCUCUGUUACUUCUCCGACUCCUCACAUUCUCUCAUUCAGGAAAGACUCAAACUCUAAUAUCAAAGGAUCCAACAUAAAUUCCCCUCAGUAUUGACUGACCCCAUUCUCACACAUUUGGACCAGUUACAAGGAUCUAACUGCCAACCCUCUGAUUGCGAGAUGAGCCACUCUACUACUGAGACACAACCACCUGUGGAAAUCCUGAAA